AUGCCAGAUUGGCGUUCGCAAUUUGAGGAACACUAUUCCCUGUAUCUGGAUUCAGCACUUGUCUUGGCUAUUGUCAAUGACUGCGAGGAUAGCGAUAAUGCUCGGGAUGUGUUGGAAUUACUAAAAAAUGAUGGUCAAUGUUUGACUCAUGAAGAUGGUUGGAAUCAGUCCACAGCACGAGAGGAAGAAAAUGAAAUUUUACAUACAUUAGACGAUGAAUUUAACGCAGAGCAUGAGGUUGACUAUUCAGAAGAAUUGAUGGAUUCUCCUUAUGAUCUCGAUGGAACAGUUUAUAGCUUUUUGCGAUCCAUGUUCCGUGAUAUUGCUCCACAACGAGUUCAAUAUGUUCUUAACAAAUGUGAAAAUGAUCUUACGCGCGCCAGUGACGAAUUGUUAAAUCAGGAAGUAUUGGAAAAAGAUGAAGGGCUUGGAAAUGCUACCGAUGCUCUUUUUGCAGCUCCAAACAUCUCUCAUCGUUCUCGGCAGCGUAAACGGAAAAAUAAAAAACCCAAUGCUUCACGAAGAGCCCCGUGGACACAUGAUCUGGAUUUAAAUGGAAAUAAAUCAGAUACUGAUGAAGAAUUGGCUCAGUUUACGGUGAACAAGCUUUCCUUUUGGGAAAGAAAUCAACAGCUUUUCGAAAAAAUAUCCUCCAUUUUGGAUAUUGCUAACUCUCGAGUCAGCCAUGAAUUUUAUAAGCAUUCUGGAUCAUUGUACUUUACAGUGAACGCUUUGCUGCGGAAGCAUCCUUUAUUGACGCAGACAUUUGAGAACUCAUGUCAAGAUACUGCAUCUGAACUAUCAAAAUACACUGGUCUCUCCCUUCAAUUUUGCUGUGAACUUUUGACCUGUAGUAAAGACGUACAAGGAGCAAAAUGGAUUGCUUACGCCGUGAAGCAAUCUCAACCAAAAGAUACGACUAAAUUGGAGCUCGGUCUACUUGGUAACGAAAAACCUAAAGUAAGCACAUCGUCUGCUUUAAAUCAUAAUUUGAAUGAAAACUAUAAUUCAAUGGAAGCGUACUCGACAGAAGAAUGUAAUCGGUUAGCGGAUGAGUACAUAGAUUCUCGAAAUGCCGAAUACGCUGCUUCUGCCAGGGAUUACCGGAGAAGCAAAAGUGAUCGAUUGCUUGGUGGAUCUGCAACAUAUCAUGCUCAAGUUGGAAGAGAAUAUCACGAAAAAGCCAUGAAAUGGCGAGGCUUAGCCAUGAGGUCUUUGUCUCAAACUGGAACGCCUUAUUCGUUGGAUUUGCAUGGUGCGACUGUUCGUGAGGCUAAAACUAUCGUGGAAGAGAGAGUUUCAAGUUGGUGGGCGAGGGAAGCAGAUUCUUCUCCGAAUUGUAUACACCCUUUCAGAAUCAUCACAGGGAUUGGCAAUCACAGUGUAGGUAUGGAGGCGAGGCUUUUACCCUCCAUAGUGAGAUGGUUACAGCAAAAUGGUUGGAGGUUUGAGAUAAAUCAUGGUCAAGUUGAGGUUUAUGGUGCUAUUCGCAAGAAAAAAUAA